AUGGUUGCAAACGAAGCCGUCUCCCCAAUAUCAAUAUCGCCCGUGGAGGAUCGCAGGAAGCAUGCACCUUAUACCGACGACUUCGUUGACCUUGACCUAAUCGAGCCACAACUCGAGCUGCGAGACUUCGACGACAAGAGAUCCCACUGGAUACCGAUUCCUCAGGAAGUUGAACGUUCCAGGCCUCCAUACAACCUGGACACGACGGGGACAUCUUCGGCCUUUCGAUGGGGUCCAGUACUUGGCCUAGCUUGUUUGCUGUUCGUUUUUCUCAGCAUUCCUGCGGCCGCCGUGGUCCUGUCUGUUUCCGAUGGCCAGCUUGUGAUGCGCUGGAACAUAAAGCCUAACGUUUACUUGGCUGUUAUCAGUGGCAUUGGCAACAAAUUGCUCGCAUUUGCGGCGUUUCAAGGCGCAGUCGUCACUUGGUGGCUGCGAGCAAUGGAUGGGAGUACCUUGCGCCAGCUACAUCUGGACUGGGCCGCAGGUCCCGGUAACAAUCUUUGGUACGCAUUGUCCGGCUACAGACACUCUGGACUGCUGGCAGUGAGCACCUUGUGCGCUGCGAUCGUCUUUGCUGAUGGCGUUCUGCUCCAAAGCGCAUCAACGGUCAUACAAGCGUCAGUCAACGAGCAGGUGGUACUCCAUGUAACACUGGCGCCCCAGAUACCCACAGACUUCACAGGGUCGAUCAUCAACGACUCCGCUGUGUUCGAUUACGUCGCCUUCAACCCAGGAUUUCAGUCUGUCCUCCGAGAUUUCGUUGUGCAGGCGGCCAUACCAGCACCCAUCACAGGCUGUACAGGGACAUGUCGAGCUACAGUCACCGCUGCCGCAAUGUCGCUUGUCACGUGCGUUUCGGAACCACCGGUCGAGAUCAACUUGCCUAGACUAAACAGCAGUGAAGUAGCCGUCCCUUACAUGUGCGACGAGGAUUCAAAGUCGUGUCCACUUUUAUCCAUAGAGCCUCGGCCAUACUUCAUGAGCCAGGAGCUGAUCAGAGUCGUCAUUGGGCUGACUCACUUCAACGACACCACCAACACUGGCCAAUUUGUGCUGAAAAGAUGCAUAUUUGCGUCUGCUACGGCGGAAUAUGCCGUUGAGGUACACAACAAUUCGACGGUGACAGUAUUCGACUUUGGAGAGCCAGUUGUACAGACGAUAGCCAACAAUACGAGAUGGCUACCAGCUCCUGGUUAUUCCAACUCGACCCUCGGUGGCAUCGGGAGUCUGGCUUGGAUAAGCAUGCGGACAUCGCUAAACGUUGGUUCUGAUAGGACUUACGAUGAUGUGAAUCCUUUCACAGCUACACUGAUCGGUAAUUUAGCAGGAUAUUUCAACGGGUCCGAAUUUCCGCGUUGGAUCGAUCCUGUCGACAAGAUCAAGGCCCUUCUUAAUGAGAUUGCAUUUCGUACUUCUGUCCAGGCUGCGAGUCUUAUGGAUCAGGAAACGCUGCUAGAAAACAUUGACGAGGACUUACGCGUUGAGUAUGAUGCCGAGGGCACUCGAAUUGACCAAAUGCCGACCUACCAAACUCGGUGGAAAUACUUUGUCUUCGCCGCAACGCUUGACUUGAUAUGCGUUGUCCUGGUAGCAUUACUCUACAGAGACUACUGGAAGCUCGGCCGAUCGAUGAGCAUAAGUCCCCUCGAAACCGCCAAAGCAUUCGAUGUCCCGCUCUUGCGAUAUUUACCAUCGAACAUGAAUGGGAAGCAGUUGGCGCAAGUGGCGGGCGAGGUUCGAGUACGAUAUGGUGCCUUCGAGUCAGACGAGCUUGAUGGCGAACACGCAUCUCGUCGUUUGAUAUUCCACGAUCCGAGCAGGGUCUAUCGCCCUAUGAAUACAUUCACAUUCGGGCCAUGA